AUGGCUUCCGCUAAUCCGUACCAUCUCGAUCAAAGAGUAUCUAUUGCUGGCAAAGGCAUCGGUACAAUCGCAUUUAUUGGGAAAACCGAAUUUGCCGACGGCGAGUGGAUUGGUAUUGUUCUCGAUGAGUCCAAGGGUAAAAAUAAUGGCACUGUACAAAAGAAAGAUGGAACAAUUGUCAGAUAUUUUUCAUGUUCUGAUAAUCAUGGUCUCUAUGUUCGAGCUGCGCAAAUUGAAUCUAUUGUCAGCGAUUCUCAAACAAAUCUAUCUCGAUCGGCUUCUAAUCAUUCAGUUAAAUCUCAAGGAAGUAGUUCAGGAAGUAUUCCAGCACCGGCAACAUCAGGAACUCCAGUGAAAUCAUCUGGCUUACCAGCAAAACAAAUCGGACUCCGAGCACCUGGAUCACAAACAUCUAUACGAUCUUCAGGUCUUACUCGAUCAGCUCAAUCGGCCAAUGAAAUUGCGGCAACAAUCCCUAGUGAACGAGUAUCACCACCUAAAGAAGUAGCUAAACAAGUUCCACCUCCACCUAAAGAAGUAGUUAAACAAACUCUACCUCCACCUGCAACAAUAGCACCAGUACCUGCACCUCAACCAAAACCAGUAAUAUCUGCGCCACCCAUUGUACCUCCUACUCUACCAACUACAACGCAACAAAUUGCAUCUAGUACACAAGCAAGUUCAAAUGAAUCUCAACAAUUAGUGGCUAGUCUCAAAAGUAAAAUAACAGACCAAGAGGAACAAAUUCAAACAUUAAUCAAGAAACGUCGUGAUGAUUUGGACAAAGUAAAAGAUUUUGAACGUACCAAAAUUCAACUUGAUCAAUUACAAACAUAUAAACGUGAAGCACAAGAACGUAUGAAAGAAUUAAAUGAUAAAAUUCAACAACAAGAAAAUGAACUUAAAGAUACACGAGACAAAUUUGCUGCAUAUCGUGAUGACAUGAAUGAUACUGAAGUACGAAUUGAAUCGCUUGCACUUGAUCUUGAAAUGGCUGAAGAAAAACUUGAAACUUUCACAACAGAAAAUACAACACUAAAACAAAAAUUAGAAGAAGUUCAAUUAGAAUUAGAUAUCAUUAAAGGUGAAAUACAAUUAAAUGGAUCUGGUUAUGUUGCAAGUGGAAUACAACAAAAAAUCGAUGAUGAGCGAACAAUUAAAAUGGAGCAAGCAUUAAUCAAAUUACGUGAUUUGUCAUUAACAAAACAAGCUGAAAACGAGACGUUAAAAAAACAAAUUGAAACAUUCGAACAUAGAGUUAAAGCAUUAACAAAAGAAAAUGAAAAUGCAAAAACUGAUGUUGUAACAAUGCAGGCAACAAUUGCUGAUUUAAAAGAACAGGUUGAUACAUGUUUGGGUGCUCAACAAAUGGUUGAUAUUUUAACAAAUAAAAAUAUAUCCCUUGAAGAUCAAGUUCGAGAAUUACAAGACAACGUUGAUAAUCUUGAAUCACUGUGUGAAAUGGAUAAAGAAAUGGAGGAACAUGCUAAAGACGUUGAACAUGAACUACGUCAAAAUCUUGAUCUAUUACAGAAUCAAAUUCGCGAGAAAGAACGACAAGUUGAACAACUUCAAUAUACAAUUGGAGAUCAUGAACGAACCAUAUUAAAAUUUCGUGAAACUGUCAAGGCUAUGCAACAUCAAGAUGAACAAACUAAAAAACAGAUUGAGAAAUAUGGUGAACAACUUAAAUUAGCUGGUUCGGCACAAUCUAGUGAAUUUAAAGCAAAAAUUGUCGAAACAAAAACCUAUGGUGAAGUUAUUGAGGGCGAAUUGAAAAAAAUUGAUGUAUAUAAUUUAUCACGACAUGUUCAACUUUUAACAUUAUUUUUACCCGAACAAUUUGUUAAACGUGGAGCCGAUCAUGAUUGUAUACUUGUAUUUUUACUGAUACAACGAUUGAUAUCAAAAUGUGAUUUAUUAACCAAUCAAAUUGAAAAAAAAGUUGAACGUAUACAACAAUUAAAUUUCGAUGAUGUUGUUAAAUCACAUCGAGCCGAACAAUGGAGUUUUACUUGUAAACUUUGUUUAUCUUUAUCAAUCUUUCGAAUGCUUCUUAGCAAAUAUCUCAAAGCAAUGGAAAUAUGUAAUACCGAUAUACUUCGCGUUAUAGCAGGCACUUAUCACGAUUUAUUACCAUAUGAAAAAUCACUUGACUUUCUUAUUGAACUUUUACAAAAAGAUCAAAUACAUGAUUCAAUAUCGUUGGGUGCUUUAGAUAAAACAAUAGCAUUUUAUGAACAUAUUUACAAAAGUUAUUUAAAUCAAGAAAAUUUUUCAAUGUCGACUUAUAUGCGCGAUUUAGCACGAAUUGUUUUGUUCAGUAGUGAUGCACUUCAAGCAGACACGCAACGUAUACAACUUUUACAAAAGCCUGGUAGUGAUCAAAGUCCAUUCGCUCUUCUUGUUAAGCGUCUAGUUGAAAGUAAUGAACAAAUGCGAGCACAAGCAGCUAAAAUUAAUCGUCUUGUACCACAAGAAGACGAUAUGAAUCGUUCAUUGAAACUUGAUAAUGACACAAUAUCUUCCAUUGAAUUAGCUGUUAGACAUUUAGAUCGUUUAGCAAAAACAUUUCAUGAAAUAUGUACCGAUUUAGGAACUCAAAUACUUUUACUUUCUGAUGCAACCGAACGUAUAAGUAUGCAGGAAAUUGAAAGUAUUGCGUAUCAAGCAUGCGAUAAAGUCUAUAAAAAAGAAGAUAGUGGUCCCUAUGACAGUCUUUGGGAUUCUAUGCAUCAAACUGUUUCAACAUUGAAAACCAUUGGCAAUUCACUUGAAAAUGGUUUAUUUGAUUCGAAUGCAAACGAAACUAAUGAUAAACCUAAACAAGCAAUUUAUUUAGUUGCUGAACAAUUAAAAACAUCCAUGAAUGAAGCCAAUUUAAUUCGUAGUCGAUUGGAAUUAAAAGAAGAAGAAUUAUUAGAUCUUAAAAAAAUGUUUAAAUUGAAACAUGAUGAACUAAGUGAAUUAAAUAUACGCUUAUCAUUGAAUGAGAGAAAAGUGGAAAGUUUACAAAAAGAAUCUGACGAAAAAACAAAUAAACUUAAACAAGUUUUGGAAGAAGCUCGAAUCGAUGCAGAGAAAAAAAUCAAACAAUGCGAAGAUGCAAUAGCUGUAUUGCAAAAUGAUAAUGAACAACUUGAACAAGAGAAAAGUACAUUGAAAGAACGUCUUAAACAAUUAACAAAAACCAAACUUGUCGACGAUCUCAUACACAAAAAUGCCGGUGCAACACAAAGAACUUCAGGUUCGACAAAUGAUGGUGGACUUCCGCCACAAAGACAAUUAUCAUCAUCGCAUGUCAAUGAAGGCAUGAUAGGAUCAACAGUUAAUGAACAAGAAGUUAUAGCACUUCGAAAUACAGUUCGUUUAUUGAAAGAUGAAAUGUGGCAAUUAAAAAUAGCUCGUUCAUCAAGUGAAUUAUCAAAACUACAAACGCCACUAAAAGAUACAAAAGUUAAUGAAAUAGCUGAUAUUUAUAAAAGUUCAACAUUACUUUUAAAUGACUUGUUUACUACAAUUGCUAAUUAUAAAAUUACCGGAGAAAAUGUUGCUGUAAAACAAGAAUUGAUGCGUUCGAAAAUGAAAUUAGUUGAUCAAACAGCAUUUAAUCUUAAUAAUCGUCUUAAUCAAUGUCAAAAUAAUAUUCUUCCUGGUUCAACAAUUCAAACAACCAUGAAUACAUUUUCGAAUCCACAAUUUUCAAAAUCUCUUACAAACGAUCGGCAUUUGGCAGCAGAACUUUAUCUACCUGGUUAUACUACGGGUGGUGAAUUAAAUGUAACUCAAGAACAAUAUCGUACUAUAAUGCAUGAAGUUAUUGGUUGUAGUUAA